UUCUCUGAGAGUCAACUGCCGCUGGUACCGCAGGACCAUCUGUCCCCCUGACGGGCUCUGUCUAACGGCUUUUUGGAUCACACCCCAGCAGCCUCCUGUCUGAACUGUAAUCAUGACUCCGAUCUGCAGCAACCCUGGAAGAACGGAUGGAAGUGCUAGUGAAAUAAAAUCUGACAGGAAGAUGAGGAAACCUCUGGUGGAAAAGAAAAGAAGAGCUCGCAUUAAUGAAAGCUUACAAGAACUCAGGGUUCUCAUCGCAGACCCAGACUUACAGUCGAAGAUGGAGAAUGCUGAAGUUUUGGAGGUGACGGUGAAGCAUUUGGAAAGCAUCCUGCAGAACCGAGCACAAGAGGUGGACGCUCUGAACAGGGAGGCCAGGGAACGUUUCGCUGCCGGCUACAUCCAGUGCAUGCAUGACGUACACACGUUUGUGUCCAGUUGCCCUGGAAUAGACCCCACCAUAGCGGCUGACCUGCUGAACCACCUCCUGGAGAGCAUGCCCCUUAAUGAUGAGGAGCAUCUCGAAGCAAGCAAGCCAGCCUGUAAUAGCACCUGCAGCCGGGACACCAUGGUGUCCCCGGCUGCAUCCAACACCUCUACUGACGACCUUAGCUCCGACCUGGAUGAGAUGGCCUCGGAGCAAAGCCAAGCUACCUCCACAGAGGAAGUAGACACCCAGCAUGUGUCAUCUGGUUUAACUUUCUCCGAGCCAGUGUGGAGACCUUGGUAGAGCAUUUUGAAGUAACUUGUGUAAACAAGAUGAUUGUUGGUUGGUGUUAGAAUAUGCUGGAUAGGCCUGAGUACACUACAAAACAUGCCUGAACAACAUUAUAUUGUCUGAGAUAGUGGUUUUCAAAGUUUUAAACUCGAACAACACCUCAGGUUUUCCAAGUACCACCAUCUUUAUAGAGUUUUACCAUAGUAAAAAAACAGGACUUGGAUGUUUUCGACUUACUGGGUUGUGUCAUUAAAACAAAAAUGUUCUUAUCCAUUGGUAUUGCGUGAUUGGUUGAAAAACUCGGUUUAGAUAUGUCCUUCAGUUUACAAAGGUAAAGGAAAAAUUAAAUGAAAGUUGAAAUUUAAAGUGGCUAAGUCAGAAGGUGCUUACCAUCUCCAUUUCACAAUCCAAUAUGGAUGCCUUGAUGCUAAAUUUAGUUAUUGACAGAGGAAGGAAAUGGUUUAUUUGCACUUCUGAUGAUUUAUAUCUCAGUAAAUUAAUCACACUAUCCAGCCUUCUUUAAUUAACUUGUUGCAACAUUCAUUUUAUAGUACAAAAUGCAAAGAAAUACGAUGGUAUUAGCAGAAAGCAGAUACUGCUAAUAGUAGACAGCCUCUUUUCAGAGCCAAACAAUUAGCAAAUCUUACUGGUUUUCCAACUCUGGAACUGGAACACGGUUAUGUUGGUUUAAGCUGAUUUUAGCAGUUAAAACAACUCAAACUGAAAAUGUUCAUAUCCACGUGACACAAUGUAUUAACUGAUCACUUUUACAAGAGGUAGUUGUUAAGUUUACGGCUACUUUAUUACCCAAACAGUGUCUACGUUAUUACGAUUAGGUGCUGUUAGCUGACGCCGCUGGCUCAUCAGCUACGAUACCUAAGUCUGUUGUAAUACCAGCAGGGAAACUUUCAUAUUUUGUGACAGUCUGUCAUUUGAGCAGCUUUCUUAAAGAUGGUGCUGUUCUGUGGUUUUUGAGGUGUCAUAGUUGUUUGGAAAUUAUCCUGGUGGGCUCACAAUCAUCUGAUGGGCCUCUGUCAGCAAAGCUUUGACGUAGUAACAGGGAGAUUGUUUGGUUGAGAACAGAAACAAACUUGUGAAAGUGUGGACAGUCAAUAUCUACUAUAAAUAUAUAGCGUUGUGUCUCAAUGAACAUUUUGAGUUUGAGUUUUUUUUAAUUGCUUAAAUAAGAUAAAACAGUGGGUAUGUCUCACUACCUGUCAGGUUUCCACCAAUUAUUUCUUUUCUGCAAACUCACAGCAAUAUGACAUGUUUCUAAGAAAGAUAAUGGAAAUAUUACCUGCAGUAUUUUCAGACAACAUUGCUUAAAAACAAAUCCUACUCUAUAAGCAACCAACCAUCAACUGGGAACAAGUGCUAGAGGCUUUCUAAGCAGCAGCAGUAAUGUCUCUUAAACUUUGGGUGACAAACAAAACUUACAUUAAAUACAAGUUAUUUUAAAAUUUGUAUUCAGUUGUUUUAGAGAAGCCUAGCUGUCUGCAGCGUAAUGCCAACACACUUUGAACGGCAUCUUUCAACCAAAUACGUGGUGGAAAUUGGCAAUUUCUUUAAAAGUGAGAUAACACAAUGAAUCAAGGUCCUUGUCCUGUUCUUUGUCUCUGUUAAACAUUUAUAAUUAUUUUAUUACUGUAGUCAUUUCAUCUAAGAGAUCAAGAAGCUCUUUGUUAAAUGCAUUAAAAUUACAAUUGAGUUAUUUAAAUUGGGAAAUAUAAUGAAAUCCGUUGCACAGUUCAGUGACUUGUAAAGUCUGCUUUUAAAAGUGUAUAGGCCUACCUUCAGUGAAGGUGGUGAAUGCAUUUGUAAAUAUGUAAUUGUUAGCAUUUAGCUGUUUCCUCUUUAGAUACAUUGUUAGUUAAAUUAUUUCCAGUUUGGGAAAUCCUGAACUUUGUAUUUAUAAUGCAUUAGUAAGCUACCUCAUCUAAUUAUUUUUCUAAGUUUAAACUUUUCAAUAAAUACCUUUUUUAACAAA